AUGCCUCAGAAAGAGUACUCCCCCCGGGACUACAAACAAGUCCCUACCAAGGACUCCCAAGUCCACCUCUCAUCCAAAGAUAAAAACAACCAGACUUAUGAUUUUACCUUCGAGCCCAUCCGCAAGAAUCUCUUCCGGGUUACCUUCACCUCCCCCGACCAUCCUACUCCGCCCUUCCCCAGCGUGACCAAACCCCAAACCGAUCUCGCCAAUUUAAAGCUAGCUGUGAAGGACACCACACGAACCACCAAAACCCUUGAAUUCGGCGACGUAACUGCCUCAUUCGACUGGAGCCACACCCCUGUUCUCACAUUAUCCUGGACCGGGGACGAUAUCAAACCCGGCACCGGCCAAAAAGCCCUAUACAAGGAUCUACCCCUCCGUUCCUACGUGGUAGAUGGAACCGGCAUUGCGCAUUACACCGAACAUGACCGUGACGCGCUUCACGUGGGAUUAGGUGAGAAACGAGCUCCAAUGGACCUAAGCGGCCGCAACUUCCAACUCUCCGCGACAGACUCCUUCGGGUACGACGUGUACAAUAGCGAUCCGCUGUACAAGCAUAUCCCGCUGCUCAUCAAGGCGACCCCCAAUGGCUGCGUUGCGAUUUUCUCAACCACACAUGGACGGGGUUCGUGGUCGGUAGGCUCUGAGAUCGAUGGUCUCUGGGGCCACUUCAAAGUCUACCGGCAGGACUACGGUGGUCUAGAGCAGUACCUACUCGUCGGCAAGACACUUAAGGAAGUCGUACAUUCCUACGCAGAGCUAGUAGGAUUCCCCCUCCUCGUACCCCGCUGGGCAUACGGGUACAUCUCCGGCGGGUACAAAUACACCAUGCUCGACGAGCCCCCCGCGCAUGAAGCCCUCAUCGAAUUCGCAGAGAAGCUCAAGAAACACGACAUCCCGUGUUCCGCGCACCAGAUGAGCUCAGGGUAUUCGAUUUCUCAAACGGAGCCAAAGGUCCGAAACGUGUUUACGUGGAAUCGGUAUCGGUUUCCGGACCCUGAGAAGUGGAUUGCCAAGUAUCAUGGGUAUGGGAUUCGGUUGAUUACGAAUAUCAAGCCAUUUCUUUUACAGUCGCAUCCUGAUUUUAAGCGGCUUGUUGAAGGGGGUUCCUUUUUUAGGAAUGGGGAAACGAAGGAGCCUGGGUUUAUGCGUCUUUGGAGUGCUGGAGGUGCGACUGGGGGGGAUGGGUGCCAUAUUGAUUUUACGUCGGAUUUUGGGUUUAAGUGGUGGUAUAGGGGUGUGCAGAGUCUGAAACGUGCGGGAAUCGACGGCAUGUGGAACGAUAACAACGAGUAUACGUUGCCAAAUGAUGACUGGGAACAUGCCCUAGACCACCCAGCUGUUCUUGACGCUGCGCAGAAACACCCCAAUGCUGUUGGGCUCUGGGGGCGGGCGCUGCAUACAGAGCUCAUGGGUAAGGCUUCGCAUGAUGCGCUGCUGAAUCUGGAGCCAAAUUAUAGGCCGUUUGUGCUGACGAGGAGUGCCACGGCUGGUACGAUGCGAUAUGCGGCGAGUACGUGGAGUGGUGAUAAUGUGACGAGUUGGGAGGGGAUGAAGGGGGCGAAUUCGUUGUCGUUGAAUGCAGGGAUUUCUCUUCUUCAGUGCGAAGGACAUGAUAUCGGUGGCUUCGAAGGCCCCCAACCCUCCCCCGAGCUCCUCCUCCGCUGGAUCCAACUAGGAACCCACUCCCCCCGCUUCGCCAUAAACUGUUUCAAAACUUCCCCCACAAACAACCAAGUCGGCGAAGUCAUCGAACCAUGGAUGUACCCCGAAAUCACACCGCACAUCCGCGCAGCCAUAAAGCGUCGCUACGAGAUCCUCCCCUACAUAUACUCGCUAGGAUUGGAGAGUCAUACCACUGCAUCCCCGCCGCAGAGGUGGAUUGGGUGGGGGUAUGAGAGUGAUCCGGAGGUUUGGGGGAAGAAGCUCAAGGAUGGGGAGGAGGAAUUCUGGUUAGGUGACAGUCUUCUUGUUGGUGGGGUUUAUGAAGCUGGGGUUGAUAGUGCGAGGGUUUAUCUCCCGCGGAAAGAAGAGGGUGGGGAGUUUGAUUAUGGUUAUGUCAACUUGAAUGAGCCAUGUACUUACCUUGCGGCUGGGCAGUGGGUUGAUAUCCCCUCGCACUGGAAGACAAGUAUCCCGCUCCUUGCGCGGAUUGGGGGCGCGAUCCCCGUCGGGAAGGAUGUCCAGACCCGCGUGCCCGGUGAUGACACUGAGGCUUCAGUAGCCGUCCAGGAAAUCGAUGACUACCGAGGCGUGGAAAUUUUCCCGCCGAAGGGAAGCUCGCACGGGCGUGUAUUUAGAAACAGCUGGCUCGAGGAUGAUGGAAUCUCGAAGAAGCCGGGUAUCUCGCGGUUCAUUGUCAAGUAUAGCUCGACUGAGGAAAAGGUGGUUGUUGGGUUUGAGCGGGAGGAAGGAGAGUUUGUGCCGGUUUGGAAGGAUUUGGAUAUUAUUUUGCAUCAUGGGGAUGAGAGGAGGGUUUUUUCGGAUGUUGGGGGUGUGGUUGAGUAUAAGGGGAUGGAUAGAAGGGGACGGAUAGUGUACACUCUCAAGGCAUGA